AUGCUAAAAUUAUUUGAUUUUCAAGAAAAAGCCGUUUUAGAGAUAGUGGAAAAAUAUGAAAAGUAUCUCGAUAACCCAGCAUGUUUAAUUAUUAAAAAUAAAGAAGGUGAAGUAAAAGAUGAAAUACCAGUUCCUUUUAUCCAAAUUUUAGAUGCUUUAACUGGUUCGGGAAAAACUGUAAUUUUAGCCAAAACUGUGGGAGAGAUUAGUAAAUUACCUCCAUUAAAACCUAUAAUUUUAUGGUUAAGUAAAGCCAGUAUAGUAGUCGAACAAAGUUUUAAUAAUUUAACUAGUGGUGGAAAAUAUCACCAUUUAUUAGGAAAAAGCGAAGUUAUUAUGCUGUCAGAAUACCAAGAAAGAUUAUUAGAGGAAAAUGAAACUCUGGUUCUUUUUGCUACUGUCGGAACCUUUAACCAAAAAGAUAAAGAGGCCGAAAAUAAAGAUUUUAUAACUCGUGUUGAUACUGGAAAAGUGGUAGAAGCUGGUUUAGUGAAAAAAAUAAUAAAACUAGCUGCUUAUGAAACGCCAAUGGAAGAAACAGUUUCUUCAUUAGUGGAAGAUUUAAAACAAAUUGAAGAACAAAUUAAAAUAACUAAUUUACCAAACGAAAAACCCAAGGCUAUUUACGUUUUAGAAAAAUGUGGUGUUAAGCCGGAAAAUAUCGCCGUUUAUUGUGAUUUAAAAUUUGCCAAAAAUUAUCCUAAACCUCCGGAAUUUAAAUUAUUUAGCGGUGGUGGUGAAAAAAAAUAUCAAGAAUUUAUUGCUGGUGAUUAUCAUCAUAUUAUUUUUAAUUUAGGCUUGCAAGAAGGUUGGGAUGACCCAUUAGUCUAUGCGGCCUAUAUUGACCGCUUUAUUAAUUCUAAAAUCGCUGUCAAACAAAUUAUUGGACGAGUUUUGCGACAGCCUAAACCUAAUAUUACCCACCAGUUACCGGAAAUGCUGAAUACCGCUCAUUUUUAUAUUCAGAUAGAAAAACAAAGUGCUUUUCAAGAAGUAAUUGAGGAAGUUAAUCAAGAAUUACAACAAACCGCUCCGGAAAUUGAGGUAAAAGUGGUAAGUUCGACUGAAAAGCCUGAAUUAGUUAAAGUUCAAGGCGACUAUGAAGAUAAAGAAAAAACCCAAGGCACCGGCUAUCGUUCAAUUACUAAAAAAUACAUUGAUGAGCAAGGUAAUACUCAACAAAUUUUAAGAGAAAAAAUUGGUGAAACUAGUCGCACCACCGCCCGAGCCAUUUUUUACCGAGAAAUUAUUCGCAAACUGCCCCAAGCCCGCGGAGUUUUUUGCCUUGAUGAGCCUAAAUUUGAUGCCCCGGUUGAAAUUAUUGAAAAAAUUAACAAAAUAGUUGAUGUUUACUUAGAAAAUUCUUAUCUCGAACAAAGUUCAGUGGAAAAUUAUAAAAUUCCUGAUAUUUUGCUUUAUAAUCCUCAAAAGUCAUUACCAUUCCAAAAUAGUCUUCAUGAAAAAUAUUCCCAAUUAAACAAAUUAGAAAAGGAAUUCGCUCAAGAGUUAGAUAAGUUUGCUGUAAAAUGGUGUCGUAAUCCUUCCCGAAGUGGUUAUGCUAUUCCUUUAAUUACUCGUGGUGAUACUCGAAAUUUUUAUCCGGAUUUUUUGCAUUUAAUUAAAGAUAAAACCGACCGUAAAUUACUUAAUAUUCUGCCUUUCAUCAAUAGUUCUUUCCACCUAUUAGUCCGUUUUAUUUACCAAGGAAAAUGGAACAAGGAAGUAGAAAAAAUUGAUGAUAAUGACACUCUUUUGCUUCCUCGGACUAACUUGCCGUUGAAAAAUACUAAUCAUUUAGAAACGGAAAAGAAAAUUAGAGAAAAGUGGGAAGAAAGAAAAAUCUAUCAAAAAGUAUUAGAAAAAAACCGCAAUAAUCAGCCCUUUAUCCUCCAUUCAGGCCCACCAUAUGCCAAUGGUAAAUUGCAUAUUGGCCAUUUUUUAAACUUCAUUAUUAAAGAUAUAAUUGUCCGUUUUCAGGCCAGGGAGGGCAAAUAUACUCCCUUUUUGCUGGGUUGGGAUGCUCAUGGUUUACCGACGGAGCAUAAAAUGCUCCAAAUCCACAAAGACAAAAAAAUCAACUUGCGGCCAUUUUGUCAUCAAUUUGCGUUGGAACAGGCUCAAAUCCAACGCGAACAAUUAAAAAAAUUGGGAUUAUUUACUGAUUAUGAUAAAUACUAUAUUACCUCGGACAAAAAUUACGAAGCCGAGCAAUUAAGAGUUUUUGCUGGAUUAGUGAGAAAGAAUCUGGUUUAUCAAGGAUUCAGACCCAUUUAUUGGUCUUGCGGACACGAGACCGCGUUAGCCGAGGCCGAAAUAGAAUAUUACGAAAAAAAGGAUACUUCUCUGUAUUUUAAAAUUAGAUUAGCGGAUAUUUUUUUUGGAAAAGAAAAUGAAUAUUUAAUAAUUCUUGAAAAUAAAAUUUCUCUUUUAGAAAAUCAAAGUAUUAAGAAUACGAGUAUUGCCGAAGGCCAAAAAUGGCACAGGCAAAAGUUAAAAAUAGAAAAAAUAUUUUUGGGCGAAAAAUUGCUAGGAUUAACUUAUUUUCAUCCUUAUCGGAAAGACGAGCAACUUACUGCGAGUCUUCUUAAAGAUAUUCAAGGAUAUAUCGUCGAUGGCAGUGAUUUUAUUAAGGAAGGAGAGGGAACAGGUCUCGUUCAUUUAGCCCCCGCUUUUGGAGCCGAAGAUUUUUCAGUAGCAAAAAAAGAAAUGCGAAGUUAUGACAAUAACAAGCAUUCUCAAAAAUUAAUGAUUGAAUGCCCGCUGGAACCUAAUGGAGUUUUCAACGAAAAAAUUGCUAUUCCGGAAUUGGUCGGCAAGCACUAUUCAGAAGCAAAUAGUUUAGUUAUUGUUGAUUUAGAAAAAAGAAAUUUAAUAAUUAAAAAAGAAGAAAAAAUGCGGCAAAUAAUAGCGGCUCGGGAAGACUGGUGUAUUUCACGGCAGAGAAAAUGGGGAGUUCCUAUUCCGAUUUUAUACCAAAACAAUGAACCGAUACUUAAUUCUGAAAUUAUUGAUUAUGUGGCAGAAAUUGUGGCUGAACUGGGUUCUGAUUGUUGA